CGUUCCCGCCCGGUUCACUUUAAAUGCCGGACCUGUGUCAGUGUUGUUGUGAAGUGGGACGGUGGCAGCGCUCAGCUCGGAGCUCCAACAGCGGAAAGAAGCCUUUUCCACUGUGGGUCGUGACUGAACUGUGUGGUGCAGACUCUUUCCACCCUCGGAUGGACAUCUGCUCAGAACCUCCAGUACAGCCGCGUCUGUUUGUCUGGAACCUCCGCUGCCUGUGUGCUGCGUUCAAGGGACUCACACUGGAAUAUGUGGACGCUUUUUCACCUCAGAUGUGUGACCUACCUGCCUACAAUCAUCUGCAAAAACUAAUUGAUGAACUGGUUCUGAGUGAAGUCCAGUAGACACGUCCUGUAAAGAGGAGAUCUGUUCAAGUCCAGAACUGCACAAACUUAAGAGACUUGACAGUCAUUGUCAUAGUUAUCAGAGAAAUGGAGCAGGAAGGAAGUGAGCUGAACCAGGACAGGUUUUCCUGUUCGAUCUGUUUGGAUCUACUGAAGGAUCCAGUGACUAUUCCCUGUGGACACAGCUACUGCAUGAAGUGUAUUAAAACCCACUGGGAUGGAGAAGAUGAGAAGAACAUCCACAGCUGCCCUCAGUGCAGACAGACCUUCAGACCGAGGCCUGUCCUGGUGAAAAACACCAUGUUAGCAGAUUUAGUGGAGGAGCUGAAGAAGACUGGACUCCAAGCUGCUGCUGCUGAUCAUUGCUACGCUGGACCUGGAGAUGUGGCCUGUGAUUUCUGCACCGGCAGAAAGCUGAAAGCUGUGAAGUCCUGUCUGCAGUGUCUGGUCUCCUACUGCCACAAACACCUCCAGCCUCACUUCACAUCUCCUGCCUUUAAGAAACACAAGCUGAUGGAACCCUCUGAGAAGCUCCAGGAGAGCAUGUGCUCUCGUCAUGAUGAGGUGAUGAAGAUGUUCUGCCGCACUGAUCAGCAGUGUAUCUGUUAUCUGUGCUCUGUGGAUGAACAUAAAGGCCACGACACAGUCACAUCUGCAGCAGGAAGGACUGAGAAGCAGACAGAGCUGGAGCUGAGUCGACAGAAAAUCCAACAGAGAAUCAAAGACAAACACAAAGACAUGAAGGUGCUUCAACAGGAGGUGAAGACCAUCAGUAACUGUGCUGAUGAAGCAGAGGAACAGAACGACAAGAUCCUCGCUGAGAUGAUCCGACUCCUGGAGGAAAGAAGGCGUGAUGUGAAGCAGCGGAUCAGAUCCAAGGAGGAAACUGAAAUGAUUCGAGUCAAAGAGCUGGAGUCGAAGCUGGAGCAGGAGAUCACUGAGCUGAGGAGGAAAGACGCUGAGAUGGACAAACUCUCACACACAGACGACCACAUCCAGUUUUUACUCCAGUAUCCAUCAGUGUCCAAACUCAGUGAAGAUCCAGACUCACCCAGCAUCAACAUCUGUCCUCCGAACUACUUUGAGGACGUGACCACAGCUGUGUCAGAGCUCAGAGAUAAACUACUCGACAAUCUGAGAGAGAGAUGGACAAACACCUCAGUGGCAAUCACUGAACCAAAGGUUUUACUGAGUAUAUCACAACCUGAACCACAGACCAGAGCGGAGUUCUUACAAUAUUCAUGUGAAAUCACACUGGAUCCAAACACAUUGAGCCAAUGGCUGUCGCUGUCUAAAGGAAACAAAAAGAUAACAGCUCUGAGAUAUGAAAAGGAAUAUCCAGAUCUUCCAGACAGAUUCGAAAUCAGUCAAGUUCUGAGCAAAGAGAGUCUGACUGGUCGAUGUUACUGGGAGGUGAAGUUUAAAGUGAGGAAUGAGGGUUUUGGUUUCACUUCUUUAGCCGUCACGUACAAGGAUAUACAGAGAAAAGGAGGCGAUGUUGAUGAUAGAUGUUUUUUUGGAUUCAAUGACAAAUCUUGGUCAUUCUCUUGUCAUAGAACUGGUUAUGAAUUUUGUCACAACAGAGUCCCAUCUCCUCGCUCAUGUCCAGUUUCCUCCAGAAUCGGAGUGUACCUGGAUCACACAGCAGGUAUUCUGUCCUUUUACAGCAUCUCUGAAACCAUGACCCUCCUCCACAGAUACCAGACCACAUUCACUGAACCUCUGUACGCUGGAAUUUUUCUUGUCUCUGAUGGAGCCACUGCAGAAAUUAAGUAAAGUCUUAGUAGCUGUUGAACUGUCUGAAACCUAAGCAUUGAUUUAACUGAUCAAUAAAAUUCUUGUUUGUUUUUUUCUGAUCAUCAUUUGGUUUUGGAGGAUUUUGUGAAAUUGAUGUAAAAUGCAGAAUAGUAAUUGUAAUCUAAUGCAAUUCCACAAUCAGGAACUAGAUGAAAAUGGUUUGUUGGAACUUUUCUGUUGGGUUUUCUUCUUUUUGUUGUUGUGCAGCAGUGACUGUCAUUCCAUGGAUUCAGAGGUUGAAGUCAUUCUGUUCAAUCAUUUCCUAAAUGUGUUUAGUUGUUUUCAGUCUUUGAUAAACAGCUGAUCUUUGUUGUUUUUCUUCUGAACAGUUGGAGGGCUGUUUAGAAACGUGAUCGUCAUUAUAUCGGCUGAAGCAGUGAUUUAUCUUUUCUAGUUGAUUUUGUUUCAUCUCUUUCUAAAUGUGUUGUGUGAGUCUUCCUUCAUGGACACUUCAGCAGCUGAACAAGUGAAAAGCUGAACACAAGAGGGCGCCGUCAUCCUGUUCAAACACAUCCACUCAGUCUGUGCAUUUUCAAUCCACAUCUGUAGAUUAGAUCCAAAACUCCUGCUGUGUCUGCCACAUGAUGAGGAAUUACUGCUGUUAAAGAUCAAACUCACACGAGUCGAAUUUAUGGACUUGGACUUUUAACAAAAAGUGAAUCACUGUGAAAAUCAUCUGGGUUUUUUUUACAUGUUGAUGCUUUUGUUUGAAUAAAUGCAGAUAAAACUGAA